UUUGGCGCGGGUCACUUUCCAAGGUGCUGACCUGUAAAGGAACCUUCGUCGUAGCGAAUUUUGGUUUAACUUUUGUUAUCCGAGAAAAGGAAGUUAGUAAUUAAUUAAUGUUCACAGAAAAUAUUUUGGGCUUUUCAAAGAAAGUUACAACUGGUAGCUAUACAUUACAGUUGUAAUGCCACCUAGCUAGCUAGCUAGUGCUGUCUGAACAGUUAUUAAUUUUUUAGCUAACGUUAAGCUAACCUAAGCUAGCUAGCUAAUUUAACUAGCUAACCUUUUUCACAGCCAAGUGGGUGACAAACACCAACCAAAGAGUUCGGUUUGAAGGUCUUUUCAAUUUUGUUUUUAUUUUUAAGGUGCGUCUCUUCCUAUAACGUAAGAGCUAACGUCAAGAACUUAACGUUUUUCAAAGUUAUUACAAUGUGGAGACAGGAAAACCAGCCAACCCGGUCAACAGCAGGCUGCAUGUCUGUGCCGCUCUUUAACCAGAAGAAAAGAAACAGAGUUCCUUUGACAUCUGCUCCCUCGGAGAACGAAUUCUUCUCCCACAGUGAAUACACGGCCAGCAGCAGCUCAGCUACAUCUCACAGCACAUCAGGUACCUAUGGAUGUUACCAGGCCACAGGUCCGUCGCCUGGUGCUCCACUAAGCCACCAGUGGAACAGGCAGGCCAUCCCGCAGACUACUCCACCCCAGCAAUAUGGCGGCAACAGACCUUCUCCUGGACCCGCCCCUGCAAUGAAAACCGUAACACCCAUAAAACAUCCAUACAAAUUUGGAGGUACAAGCUCCAAGAUGGGACCGGCCAGCAACCCAAUGAGACAACAGGAUUUCGGCCCCGAUGUUAAGUCCAGACAGAGCACAUAUCAAGCUCACAAUAUCAGGGAGAGUGCACAAAUCAAGCCAAUGCCCCAUACUGGGUUUUCUCAGAUGGGUCAGCAGUCCUCUUACAGACCGCCCAAUCCCACCCAUCAGUAUUCCCAUCAGCCCAGACCUCUGCCAGCUCCUGUCCCACCACCCAGCAGGCCCUCUGCUCCUGCAGCGCAGCCACAGAAAAACUCCUGGAAGUUUACUAACAGCUUCGGGCCACAGAAAUCCCCCAUUGUGGGAAACAAGAGCACAAAUCAACCUAAGACUGCGCGACAAACUAAAACUCAGGAGACAUUUCCAAUGAAGCCAGCCAUUGAGAACUCACUGAGGAUCCUGACAUCUGUUAUUGAUGGCAUGAGACACUGGAGCCAGUUUAAAGACAAAGUCCCAUACUUAUUUGAGAUAUUUGCUACUCUCGACUCUGCGGUCACACUGGGUCACCACGGAGCCAAAAACUUCCUCAUGAGAGACGGGAAGGAGGUUGUGCCGUGUGUCUUCUAUGAAAAUGAGCAGGAACUGCCCCGUCUCAUCCGGGGUCAAGUUCAUCGCUGUGUGGGAAACUAUGACCGCAGUAGAGAUGUCCUGAUGUGUGUGUCCGUCAGACCCGGCCUGCCCUCAGAGCAGAGGAACGCUCAGGAGGCCAUCAAAGCCUGCGAUGCAGAAAUGAGGGCGCUGGUCAAAUCACUCAGUGAAGUCUGAGCAUCAAAACUGUAUGUAUCAACAGCCAUACAACACGAAUCGGAAGUAUACCAGUAUUUAAUGAAGGUGCAUGGGCUUUGUGCUAAAGAUCAGUCCUGUUAUGGGUAGAAGUGUUUUUUUGUUGUUUUUUUAAACAUGUUUUGACCUGUAAAGGCCACAGUUGCAAUGUUCUGCUGAACUUUAACAACUGAAUUCACUUGCAUGUUCUGGCGUAACUGUUUUUGUAUUAACUUGUGAAUAAAAUAUAUAAGGAGUUGUUUCGUU